AUGAGCAACAGUGACCUAUCCCAGAUCACCUCGGAGAUCCCUGACUUUAUUGGCGGGCUCCCCAAGAGGAGACAACCCAAGGUUCCUGCCCCACCGGAUGAAUUCGACCAGUACUUUGAUUAUAAACGUUUCUACGAAGGAUCCCCAGCCGCCGAUGCCGACUCGCGGAGCCGCUCUGACGCCUCUUCUAUCCCGGGGCUAACCUCCGGUCCCUCGGAGGAAGACGGCGCAUCCUCCCCCAGGUCCACUGAGGACUCUUUCCACUUCAAGGAAGCCGUGGAACAGAUCAAGCAACACGAUGAUCGCUUCACUGUACCAGCUCGUGAGAUCAGACCUAACGGCGUGGAGCCAUACCCAUGGCAUAUGGAUAUAGACGGUACGCUAGGUUCGAGUGGAGCCGAAAUCCAGGGACUCGGUGGUAGUAGUAGCCCGCUCUCUCCAGCCUCUUCCAACGGAACUGCGCCGUCCUCAUAUCACAGCUCUUCUUCGGGCGAGUUGCCACUUAGCCGUGGCAAGCGACAUCGCCCCCUAGAUAACCCAGAUAAGGUCGCCCAGAUGCGCAAAAUUGGCGCCUGUUUCCGGUGUAAGACGCGCAAGGUCCCAUGUGACCAACAGAUCCCUUGCUCGCGUUGCAAAAGUGACGCCAAUAAGUACUGCAACGAUGAUGACGGCGAACUAGCAGAGCACAUGUGUUUCCGCCGUCUUUCCGCCAGCAGCGACCUCGUCUUUCAUGUGAUCUGGAAGAUGAAAGUAAACCCCCCUGUCACGUCGCAGAGAGGUAACCCAUCAUUGCGUUGGGACGUAUACUUCAAGCCGUGUCUUGCGACCCAACAACCCCUAGCAAUUUCGGUCACGCGUAACGAUAGCAACCACAAUAAUAGUCAAACAUGGCAGAGGUGGCAAGCCAACCCAGGACAGGCAGCUCCUCAAUAUGUUUUGAACCCUCAUGGCGCGCCCGAAGACGUUGUGCUUAUUAAAUGGGCUUCGUGGCAAAUGCUCACAGACGAAAGUUCUGACUUCCAAUCGGCUCUAGACGUUCUAGUUAGCAGAUAUGCCCAGGAUGAACACUCAUUUCUACCAUAUCACUCUCUUGUUCGCAAAGUUUAUGACAUGAGGUGCAUGUAUAAAAUCUGGCGGCAAAAGAAAUUUUUCUGCCAAAAAUAUCCCGGAUCCGGUCUAGAGGAGCUUCCUAGUCAGAUAUGUCAAGACUUGAAGCGGAUCAUAGUUUUCAGGAUGAAGACUCUCGAGUCCGAUAUCUUGGCGCAGUUCUGGAAGACCUUGGACGCAGCCUUGAAACCGCAUGAGCGAUUACCCCUAUGGGCUUGUAUGAUGGAAUUUAUUAUGAUGUACCGGGAUAUAUAUGAGCUCAAUCAAUCGGAAGGUAACGAGGCCACCCCAAUUUAG